GUGUAGGAGUGGCUCUACUUUACCGGAGAGGAUCUCCUGAACACCAGAGCCGUUAUUAAGUGUGAGCUCUCGAGCUGGGUGUGACUUCUUUUCUUAGAUUUUGUUGGGGUUUUCAUUCAUUCUGCUCACCCAAGAUAAUUUACAGAGCCAUUACGCAUCACUAACAUCAGGACUUAUGAUAUUCAGAAGGUGGUUAAGGGAUCUGUGUCAGUGACCUGUAGGUGUUUUCCUCAACAUAGCUCACCUUUAAACUUGUUUAAGGUGCAGGAUUGACAAAACACACAUGCCUUCCUUUCAUUAUGAUGGCACCUUCCUAUGAAUUUUGUGCCUUCUGGCUUUUGGUGGUUGGUGUUGUAAGUGAGGCUUCCAGUCAACGACCUGGCUUGACUUUGGACUGUGUUGGAAAUGUUAUGAAGCUUACCUUGGAUAGUGCUCUGACUUUUGGACGUCAGCUUGAAGUUGAAGCUAUCAAUGGUUCACAAAUUGUGCCUCUAACACCAGCCCUGGCGAUUCAGUGUGGCUACAGCAUCGAGUCUGAUCCCUGGGGGAAUACGAGACUCUACACAUCACUGCUAAGCUGCUUUGUUCAUAACCAUGGUGAUGCUGUGUUUGAUAUUGGACUACGCCUGCAGUUGUAUGGCAACCGAAUGUCUGAUGACGUAAUUGAGGUGGAAAAGACUUGUGAAUACAAUCAAUGGGCUUCACGUGAGAUUCUCUGUGAACGGAAUUUCAUGGAGGUCUCUGUUCACCGAGGACACCAUGAUAUCAAGCAGCCAAAUAGAGUGGCUGCAGGAAUCGCUGGACUCUCUGCUGAUCAACAGGCCUCCACCACUCUGAGCAAUAUUUGGCGGAUGGUCCUGUACACGCCUAAAGAAAAGCCGAUGACGUUGGAGGAGGUUCAGAACGCAGGUUAUGGCGUAUCGGUGACUCCCACGCGUCUGGUUCUGCGCAGCCCCUAUAACACUCCUGAAACUUGUAUUGAGGAUGUGAAUGGGGUGGAAAUGGAGGUCUUUAAAGUGAGCACCUAUUUUAAGCAGGCUUGGUCCGUAACGAUUAUCGACACCGUUGUCGGCUGUCCAACUGGUGGACUUCACUUUACCAAGGAAGUCAUCACAUGGUACAUGCCCCAAUACAUCACUCCUCUGAUGACUGAUCCUCGGUAUCAAAUCCUCGAAAUGCACAUGGGUAUUGACGGAAAGAGGAUCAAUCAUGCAAUGAUGGAAGCUAGGGGCUAUACCUUGAUUAUAAAGGAACUCCAAAUUAUUAUUUCCUUGCCUGUCGGUGGACCAGAUGGCUAUUAUAAGAGCGUUGUGUUGGAUAAUGAGUACCACGUCACUUACAGUAUCGAACCCAUGCUUGAAAUGCUGUGGCUAGAGAAGUCCGAGAUCACCAGAUACAAAGUCCAUUAUCCCAUCGUCACGCCACCAGAGCCUCGGCCGCCCCGCGUCACGAACAAUACUGUCGCAGACUCGGAGGUGUUUAAUAUAACGCUGGGUUUCUUCCUCCCCGACGUGGAGCUGCUGAACGUCACCUUCUCAACUGGAGUGAUGAGUGUGGAUGAGGCCAAUGCAGUUGGAUUUAACGUGCAGGAACACUUAUUUAAUAACGGCUCCAAGGCUUUCAGCAUCGAGGUCCCCUUCUCCGAUCCUGCUGUCCUGAGAACCAACGUCAACCCGAUGAACAUCAUCUAUCGUCUCUCCCUGACCUUUGGUUUGUUAGUCCUUCCUGAAUACACUCCAUUUUCUCACGCUGCUUUAGUGGAAGCUACUCGUGAGGACCACACGAUGAAUACUAUGAACGGAUUCUGCGACGAGAAGAACUUCUACAUCACAAUUGGACACCGGGGCCAAGACAUAAACUUUCACGUAACGGUCGGCAAGCGUGAGCUCUCGGCUGACCUCUAUACGGAGUACGGUGUUAAGAAAAACAGCUGUCAUAUGAAUAUGACCGUGCCUUUCCUGGCGCAAGAUGUCGUUUUUGAGAGGGCCAAUCAGUCAUCACUGAGGGCUCGUGUUGAUGUACUAAUAUCAUACGACAACUGGCAAUUUCAAAACUUCUCCUUGGCUUGCUCCUUUCCCUUGGUCAUGACUGAAUGUUUCGCGAACGGGUCCAUAACCGCGCUCGUCGUCAAGGUGGAAGCAGCAACCCAGAUGAUCCCAAGCCAGUUAACGCUGAGGGAUCCUUCGUGUAAACCCACCUUCAGCAACAACCGCCUUGCCUACUUCUCCUUUAACGCAAGCAGCUGUCGAACCACCAGAAAGUUCCACGAUGGUAUCAUGACCUAUCGGAACGAAGUCUCGAUGGGCAACAGGACAGAUGUUGCCCAGCCGUUGCAAAACACCACAAACGAUGUUCCAGAAUAUGGUGUGAUGGUCGUCUGCAACUACAAGCUAACCGAAACACUGGCUCUGAUGUUCUCCACUGUGCCGCAAGCAAGAGGACUUCAUGCCGCUCCUGGUUUAGGAGAACUGCAUGUCAGGAUGAGGCUUGCUAGAGACGCCUCUUACGAUGCCUUCUACGUGGACGAGGACUACCCGGUGGUACAGUAUCUAAAGCACCCUCUAUACUUUGAGGUAGAGCUGAUGCAGUCCGUUGACCCGCGAAUAGAGCUGGUCCUGGAGAACUGCUGGGCUUCGACUAAUCACGGCGGCUCCGUGUUGAGCUGGGAUCUCAUCAUGAACGGCUGUGCGAAUCCGGCCGACCGUUACCAGAUCGUGUUCUAUCCGGUCGUGCCCGACGCCCGGGUUCGGUACCCGAGCCACGUGAGGCGCUUCAAAAUCGAGAUGUUUACUUUCGUCAAAGACGACGUGCCUCUUCAUGAACAGAUCAGUGUCCAAUGUGAAACUGUGCUGUGUGACGUCCACCAGACUGACGGGCUCUGUAAUGCGUAUUGUCCGUUGUCUAAGACUGAAAAUAUAAAAAGAGGACGCAGAAACAUGGGACGGCACAGGAUGUGGAUCUCGUCUGGGAAAAUUUCCCUCUCCGACUUGUAGUUCAGAUGUGAAUAAAGCUUGGACUUUUUAAA